UGUUGACUGUCGCGGCCUCACUCAUCAGUCACUCGACUGUACGACCGGCAACAAGUCGUCGUCGCUCGUCGGUUGCCGGUGGCGGCUCUGUUUUCUCCGCCCGCGCCGGAGCCCCAGCCGAGAGAGGAGAGGGAGAGGGAUCCGGAGAGGAUGCAUCUGAGCGCGAACGAGGGGAUCGAGGGCGUGCGGUUCGCGGUGACGGGCGGGCAGGGCUUCGUCGGCGCCGCACUCUGCCUCGAGCUGCUCCGCCGCGGCGCGCGCGAGGUCCGCUCCUUCGACCUCCGCGCCGUCUCCGCCUGGUCCCCGCAGCUGCUCGACGCCGGCGUCCGCCUCAUCCAAGGGGAUGUUAGAAACAAGGAUGAAGUGGGGAGGGCUUUCCGCGGAGUGGACUGUGUCUUCCACCUUGCUUCUUAUGGCAUGUCAGGGAAGGAGAUGGUGCAGGCUGGGAGAUGCGAUCAGAUCAACAUAAGCGGGACCUGCAAUGUGCUCGAUGCUUGCCAUGAACAUGGUGUUAGAAGGCUUGUUUAUGUGAGCACGUACAAUGUGGUGUUUGGAGGGAAGCCGAUCGCCAACGGAAAUGAGGCGCUGCCUUAUUUCCCUAUCGAAGACCAUGUCGAUGCUUAUGGGCGCAGCAAAUCAGUUGCUGAACAGUUGGUACUGAAGAGUAAUGGGCGGCCGGCUAAAAGUGAUAAAAGUACAUGUCUUUAUACAUGUGCUAUUCGCCCUGCAGCUAUAUAUGGCCCAGGUGAAGAGCGUCACAUUCCAAGAAUCCUGUCACUUGCAAAGUUGGGAUUAGCAUUCUUCAAGAUUGGGGGCCCAGAUGUGAAGACAGAUUGGGUCUAUAUCGAUAAUCUAGUUCUUGCUCUGAUAUUAGCAAGCAUGGGACUUUUAGAUGACAUUCCUGACAGGAAGGGAACACCUGUAGCAGCUGGUCAGGCGUAUUUCAUCUGUGAUGGAUCACCAUGCAAUACUUUUGAAUUUAUCAUCAGCCCCCUAUUUCAAAGUUUGGGUUAUGCUGCUCCUCGAGUGGCGCUGGAUACCUCUGUCGCCCUUGCCAUUUCAAGAAUAUUUUUAUUCAUAUCUACAAUGUUCUAUCCAUGGCUCGAUUGUAAAUGGAUCCCACAGCCUCUAAUUCUUCCUGCUGAAGUGUAUAAGGUUGGUGUUACGCACUACUUUUCGUUCCUGAAAGCUAGAGAAGAACUCGGCUAUGUACCUAUGGUGAGCCCCCGGGAAGGCUUGGCUGCAACUAUCUCGUAUUGGCAGGAGUGGAAGAGAAGGGAACUAGAUGGCCCGACCAUAUUUACCUGGCUGGCUGUAAUAAUUGGGAUGCUGGCUGUAUUUUCUUCUGCUUAUCUUCCACCAGUUGGCCCGCUGAAAUGGGUGCUUGACAUCCAUUUGUUUGUUUUUCGAUCAAUGCUGGUGAUCCGGCUGGUCUUUGUGACAGCAGUUGCAGCGCAUCUUGGUGAAGCUGUGUAUGCCUGGUUCUUGGCCAAAAAGGUUGAUCCAAGGAAUGCUACAGGGUGGUUUUGGCAAACCUUUGUUCUAGGGAUCUUCUCUCUCAGGUAUCUUCUCAAGAGAGCCAGAGGGUGAAUUUGUGUUGCUUGAUUCCAAGUUCGGCUCCCUGGACAUUGUCAUCUUUCUCAGUUCGAACUUAAGAUGGCUGCAUCACCAAUCACUCUGCCACUAUGGUUUUGCUCCACUGUUGCUGUGGCUGCUCUCCUCAAAUGCGUAUGCUGCCUAGCUCAAAUCCUAAGGACAUGAUACUGGAAGGAGCGGGAAAAGGGUCAGACGAGAGGGUCGGAUGUAUCGUGGGAUUUGAUUCAUUACUACUUCAUGAGAACGGAUAGAUAAUGCAGUGAGAAUGUGAGAUGUUCUUGUCUGAACUCCGCAUCGCUUGCUGACACUAAACCUACAGUUUUGUGGUUCUGUGUUACAUAGAUGUUCGUAACGAGGAACAAUUUGGAGAUGCAGUUUUUAAAACCCAGAACAA